CAGAUCUGGCUUGCAAUAGCGAACCAAAGGGCUUUGGAGGAGCAAAUGUGGGUGUUCAACACGAAGUUGUGCACAUUGAUCAGUUGGCUACUCAGCAGGAAGCCUCAACCCUUAACAAAUCCUCAACUGGCGAAAAUGCCAUCAUCGAUUUGUCAGACAUAUCAUCUGACCAGGCGAAUGCUUUUUGCAAGAAAGGGUGUGAUCACUUCAACUUAUUGGGACUCAUCUUUGGAAAAUCAACAGCCACAAGCCUUUUAGCUCGUGCUUCGACCCAAUUGGAGAAGGAGUUCAUCACUGGUCAAAAAAGAUCAUCUGCUACUCUUGACGAUGAUCUUGAAGGUUUAUUUCCCUUUCCACCUAAAAAAAUUGCAAGUAUUUCAAGACAGAAGAAAGGGAGUAAGAGUUCAAAGAUGGAUAAUGCUAUGGAUGCAUGGGCUACAUUCUCACUGGCUAGGACGGAGAAAUACAAGCGUACUUGUCAAGUGAACACUGUGAAUGGCGCUUACAACAUUGACGUUUGCAUGAAUGUGUUAGAGGGUAUAGAGGUUGUUGGAUCCCAACAACAUUUUCGUGCUUGUGCAAAGUUCAAGGACCCUGAGUGGCAUCAAAUGUUUCUUAAGAUGUCUGCACAGCGUAGGAAGGAGUGGCUUGACACACUAGAUUAAGAGCACAUGGAUAAUGCUACAAGUCCUUUAUACGCAUGUGGUGCUGGCCACACGAGGGUUUUCAGAGCUCGUACAAUGAGGAAUGAUGGCCAUUAUUUUUAUAGGUGUCCAUUUGGUAGAGACCAUAGGAAUGCAUUUAUUUGGGUUGAUGAAUACCAACACCACCUGCACCCAGUUGUCUAUCAUAAGGGUUGGCUCAUUUGUUUAUGUUGUGAGUGUAAUGUCAUUUUGUAUUUUUUUGUGUUGUUUUUAUUGUUUUUAAUUGUGAUUAGUGUGGUGGAGAAGUGAUUAGCGCUCUCAUUGUAAUAUAAUGUGGAGCUUGUAUGUACGAACAAUGGUGUGUAUUAUGUUAUAAUUUGUAAUAUAAUGUUCUACCAGUGAAAC